GCUUGUGGGAAUAACAACAAAAAUAGCAACAACAAACAUGAGAUAAUAGGACGAGUAGGGCAGCCUAUUGGUUCUAAUGUUGAUUCUAGAUAUGACGAUGUGAUAUGUAUCGAUUCGACUAGAGUGAUUCUAAAAGAACGACCACCGGACGACGACUAUAUCCACGCGAAUUGGAUGAUAAUGCCUGACCAAACGAAAUACAUUUGUACACAGGGUCCAAUCCAAGAGACACUAGUUGAUUUUUGGCAGAUGAUUUUCACCGAGAAGAGUACUGUCAUUGUGAUGUUGUGUGCAUUUAAGGAAGGAAAAAACGAAAAAUGUGCUCUCUAUCACCCAAAGACGAAGACUGAAUGCGGGAAGUUUGGACCGUAUAGAGUCUUCUUACGAGAAACCAUGCCUAAUCCUUUUAAUACAGUCAAUUAUAAAAUUUUCACAUUGAAACGAGAAAAAUCAAAUUCCAUCGAGAUUCAUCACUUGGCCUGCUCGGAAUGGCCUGAUCAUACUGCUCCCCUUGACCCUGGACCUAUUGUUGGAAUGUUAAAAAUGGCACGAUCGCUUUCCAAAGGGAAUCCAAUCACUGUUCACUGUUCGGCCGGAAUAGGGCGAUCAGCGACGUUUAUAGAUUACGCUAUGCAGAAAAUCAAAGAGGAUUCAUCGACGAGUAUGGUAGAGGUAUUAAAGGAACUGCGUAAGCAGCGGUUCCAAAGCGUCCAAGGCAUCAUCCAGUACAUAUUUUUGCACAUUUGUUUGCUAGAAGCAUUCGCAGAUGUGGGUUUUUAUGUAAUUUUGCUAGGAGACCUUAAAAACUUUAGACUGAUUAUGUUUUUAACCAACAAUGUUUCCUUUUACGUAUCGAAAACUGUUCUGGCUUUUUUACCAUACUGGAAAAACUGUAUGCAGAGGCCAGGUUGGCAAGUAUUCCAGGCACAAGAUCGUUUUUGGUUAGGCUUCUUCAUAGCUGCACACUACUUCUCUACAUGGACUGCAUCGUCUAUAAGCAAACUUCCUGUAGCACAACGCAGCUCAUCAACCACGAAGUUGCACGGCACAUCACGAGCGGAUAGCAAACAAAAGUCUUGUGCAAUACAAAGCGAACCCCUUAACUUUGUACAACUUUCCGUUGAAUUCAAACUUAGAACUAUAUAUUUGAGACUUUAUUUUUUAGAUAUAGGAAGAAAUGCAUGA